CGCCGCCCCCGCCCCGCGCGCCGCCCGCGCCAUGAAGCACAUCCCGGUGCUCGAGGACGGGCCGUGGAAGACCGUGUGCGUGAAGGAGCUCAACGGCCUCAAGAAGCUCAAGCGGAAAGGCAAGGAGCCGGCGCGGCGCGCGAACGGCUAUAAAACUUUCCGAUUGGACUUGGAAGCGCCCGAGCGCGCCGCCGCCGCCGCCGCCGCCACCAACGGGCUGCGCGACGGGACCCAGCGGCUGCAGCCGGUCGCGGCCCCCGUGCCAGCCCCGGCGGCGCCGGCUGUGCCCUCAGGUGGGGGCGCAGACCCGGCCGGGGAGCGCCGGGGCGCCCGGGCGCCGGAGGUCCCCGACGCGCGGAAACGCGGCUUUGCCCUGGGCGCAGCGGGCCCGGGGCUCCCCACGCCGCCGCCGCCGCCGCCGCCGCCCCCGGGCCAAGGACCCGGGGGUCCCGAGGCGCAGCCUUUCCGGGAGCCCGGCCUGCGUCCCCGUAUCUUGCUGUGCGCACCGCCCGCACGCCCCACGCCGCCGGCGCCCCCCGCGCCCCCCGAGGCGUCCGCGCGCCCAGCGCCCCCCACGCGCCCCGGGGAAAGUUCUUACUCGUCAAUUUCACACGUAAUUUACAAUAACCACCCGGAUUCCUCCGCGUCGCCUAGGAAACGGCCGGGCGAAGCGACCGCCGCUGCCUCGGAGAUCAAAGCCCUGCAGCAGACCCGGAGGCUCCUAGCGAACGCGCGGGAGCGGACGCGGGUGCACACGAUCAGCGCCGCCUUCGAGGCGCUCAGGAAGCAGGUGCCGUGUUACUCAUAUGGGCAGAAGCUGUCCAAACUGGCCAUCCUGAGGAUCGCCUGUAACUACAUCCUGUCCCUGGCGCGGCUGGCCGACCUUGACUACAGUGCCGACCACAGCAACCUCAGCUUCUCUGAGUGUGUGCAGCGCUGCACCCGCACCCUGCAGGCUGAGGGACGUGCCAAGAAGCGCAAGGUGCCUGAAGACCACCUCAUUAGUUCUCCUGGAUGCUGCCAGACUCUCUUCCUUCUCCAAACUGUUAAAAUUGGGCAUAGUUGGAAGUGCCUGUUUUCACAAAACCUCAGCUGGAGGGAACAGACGGGAAGGAAGGUGCCCGGGAGGGCACGCUGUGGGCAGGGCCCAGGUCGUCGGUGUUCAGGGCUUGGACAAGAGGCGCAAAGACACCAACAGCGUCAGGGGGACAGAGUGGGCUCGUCAGAGAGCGACACGGAGAUGCUGGGGGAACACAGUGGCAUUGAUAAACACCCUUGUGCUUGGGCCCCUCAGCUGAUUGCAGAAUGACAUGAAGCCUUUUUUAAGAACUGGCUGCCUCUGCCAGAAGCUUCUGGGAGAUGUCUGCCUGGAAUCCGGGCAUCUCCUGGGAGCAGUCACCGGGUGGCCUGUCCAGAGGCCACGGGGUGCUGGGGCAAAGCUGGCAGCUGGGACACCAGCAUUGGGGAGGAAGGGAGAUGGCGAGGCUCUGCCCGCCUUCCUCACAACCCUGGAGCCCGGAUGAGGAGCUGGAGUCAGGCGCAGGAGGAGGCUGGGAACGGGAUGCCUCCCGAGUGUCAGAGGCUGAUGAUUUCAUGUGGGAGGGGUGCACACAGGUCAAGGCUAGGAACUGGGGGGGUCUCCCCUUUCCUUUCUCAAUUCCCUGCACCCCUUUCCCACUGUCCCCCAACCUGCCAUCCCAACAGUCCCAGAAGCUCAGGAGCCCCUCACCACAGCAGUGGGAAAAGCCUGAUGUCCCGCAUGGGUGGCUGCCUCCCUUAGAGGCCAGGGACUCUGGGCAUUGGAGGGCGUCUGUGUGUCUCAUCUACACUGUACCCAGUCCCCUGCAUUCAUUUCUGUGCCCACUUUCCCCUCUUCUUCCUUCUCCAUUUUAGUUGGAGAGAGGCAGCUCUGGAAAGGCCAAAUAUUUAUGUUUAUUGCAAUUUCAGAGCCAGUAAUCUCACCAUCUGAAGGGCUCAGAGCGGGCUGAGACCCACCCUCUCCACUUGGUCUCAGUGGGCAGGUGUCUGGGUAUGGACUCUGAAGCCAGCUCAGCUCUGCCCUGGGGCUGUCUGUGUGACUGGGUGGCCUUGUUCAAGUGUCCUAUCGGGAAGAUGCCCAGCCUGCCUCCCAGAUCUACUCAGGAAUUGAUGCACAAACUAUGUGAAAUUGUUUUUGUUAACUCCCUCCUCCCUCUCAUGUCUCUGCCUGAGAAAUUGGCCUUCAUGGGGCCAAAGAUAAGGAGGGCCUGGAGAAAGAAUGACUACUGGCCCCAGGCCUCUGGUUAUAGUGUGGAGUCGGCCCAGUGACCAGAAAUUGCUUUCCAGCCCUGUGGCUUCCAGAGGACAAGGGAGGUGGGACAAGUCUGCCCUGCCUACUGCUCAACCCUGAGCCCCUAUACCCAGCACAGUGGGUACAGGCCUGGAUCAGAGGGGUGCCAGCAGGCCCCAGUCCCUUGCCCAUCCUUGAGCUGGUCAUCCACUCUCCACGUCCCUGCCCUAGCAGACCAGAAAGUGGUUCUAGGGGAAAAUAUUAAUCCUUGCCUUCCUUGAGCUUCCUAGUAACCCUAUUUCUGUAGGGAGCUAUUCUUUCUUUCAAGACCCUCCUGUUCUCCGCCUGGAAUUGACAGCCACCUGGGACCUGGCCCAGCUGCUCCAGCUCAGCGGGCCCCCCACCUGAGCCCCUCCUGACAGUGCUGCCAGAAGCCAGGUCUGACCACCUCACUCCCUGCUCAGGACCCUUGGGGGCUCCCCCUAGGCCGUGGGUGGAGGCCACACUCUUACCCCUCAGUGACCUGGCUCCAGCUGGUCACUCCCUGUGUCCCAAUUUAUACUCUAGCAACAAGGAACUCCUCGCCCAAAGGGGCUAUUUUUGGCCUCUGUGCUCAUGUCCCUUCUGCCUGAAAUGCCCUUCUCCCCUGUCUGUCUGGCUAACUCCUGCUCUUUCUGGAAGGCUCAGUUCCUCCUGGAAGCCCUCCCUGACCCCUGCCGGGUCUCCUCCUCAGGGCCUCACAGCAUGCCUCCUCGGCAUCAUGGCCGCUCUGCUGCCUUCACCUCGGGGAUGUGUCUAGGCUAAUGCAGGAGCGUGUCUUGUGAUACGCUAUGAAGUAAUGAUAUAAGAUGUUGUAUUAUGUGAUAUACUGGAGUUCAUGCUAUGUCAUUACCUCGUAUUUUUAGCUGGUACGUUAUACGAUAAAUUAUGUGAUACGUAACCCCAGCACUACGUUACAUUAUGUUAUACGGUGUUUGUGUAGUGCCUGCUUCUCUAACCAGACUGGGGGCCCUUUCAAUUUGCUGUCCCAGCUUCUGGCAAAUAGUAGGCCCCCAAAUAAUGAUACUACAUUCCUUUAACUAAAAUCCACAUAGCUGGCGCUGAAUAUUCCUAUGCUGAUGACCAAGACUCUAGGGAGGGGUAACCUAGGGGCUUCAGGACACAACCAGGGAAAUGUCCUGGUGCUCCCUGAGGCCCCUGUUUGGGGACUUUGUAUCCUUGUCCUCUUGAAUCAGUGAGGAAAGCUUUGCAAUGCAGAUCAAAGAACCCCCUCAAGCAGCAGCUUAAACUAAGUAGGGGCUCCUGUUUCUCAGGACAGGUGAAGGGAAGUGGCUGCUCCUUGGGCUCCAGGGCUUCUUCUUAUGGUCUAGUCUGCCUCAUGGCUGCAUAGUAGCUGCCACAGCACUGAGAACUUCAUCCUCCUGCUGCAUACAAAGGCAGUACAGGGACUUUGCUGUUUGCUGGAAAGAACAUUUCUCCUCAUCAGUUCAGUCACCGUGCCCAGACAUCCCCUACCUACCCUGGAAGAAGGGGUGCUCCCCCUGAAAUUGAGAAAGACACAGGCUCUCUUGGCCAGGAGUGCAGCAGGCUUAAACAGCCAUAUGGCUCAUCCUGGAUGAUUGACCCUGAUUUGUGACAGUGGUUCUCAUCUCAGUGGGGCUAACCAGCAUUACAACCUUAACCAUAGUUCCAGAGCCCCACUUCCAUAAGCUUGUUCACUCUUCACCAUGACUCUGCAAAGUGAGCACCAGUAGCUCCAUUUUCAGCUGAUAGCACUGAGAUUAAAAGAACCUGAAGGACCAGGCCAGGCCACUAGUGACCUUGUACCUCUCUGCACUGUGCUUUAUAGUUUGCAGAGCCCUCUUGUGUGUAUUACUCACUUGACUCAUACAGCAGUCUACAUGCACAUUUCUUACCACGGCAGCUAGAUUGGGAGGCUGGGACCCAGAGGUGAAGCCACCCACCCAGGUCAUACAGCUGGGCAGGCCCGGCAGGGCGAGUUAGACUCCUCAGCUCCAGGACACAGGUGCUUCUGAAUCUAGACCAUCGAUGUCCUCUGCUGCCCCCAGGGUGGGAGUGUGAACUGCAGAUGGUGUCUGCCAGUACAAGGCCCUGGGGCUGAGAGAUGUGGUCUGAGUGGCAGCCCAGCCACUCAUGAGCUUUUUGAUCUCAGGCACUUGCCUUCUCUGAGCUCUGCUCCACCUAAAGCAUGGAGGAAAGUGGCCAUGGGUGAGCAGGCUUCAAUGAAACAAUGUCUGUGAAUGGGCUUUGUCAGCUGGAAGGGGUUCCUGGGGCACCAGGAAGGUGGGCAGAGGGACCCCCAGCAUCCCCUCCCUACCCAGUGAUUUAGAAAAUGGAUACCAGACUGGGCUGCCCACCGAGGACUUGAUGCCAUUGCCAGGUAGAGGACACCCCGUCUGCUGUCGUGUGUGUACACACACAGGUGUCCUGGAGUGCCUGUAGGCACCGUCCGUCAGGGUCACACGGGGCGGGGGCUCCUACAUGGGUGGGUUGAGUUCCUGUCUAGGGGGUAGAAGAUGCUGCUGAGGAUCACCCGCCAACUCCGUGACACAGUGAUGCUCUCCUGCCACCGCAUCCCCCCACCCCCACACACAGGAUGCAGGUGGACAGCCAGUGUGGUUAUUUGCAAAGGUUGACCCACUUAGACCCACCGACCCCCUUCACAUAUACACACAGUGAUUCUUACUUGUUCAGUCUCUUUAGUUAUAUAAGCAGAAAAAGAUGAAGAAACCAUGAGGGCCCUGCACAUUUAUUUAAGAAUAAAUACUUUUGACUGUUUCCUAUGUACCAGGCAUUGUUCUAGGUGCAGGGUCACUGUGGAGAACAAGACAGAGGCCCCACCCGGUGGAGUGCAGAGCUCCAGAACACAAAGGCCAUGCAUAAAAAGCUCAUAGGAGAGCCCUGGGAGGUGGGGGGCAUUCUUCUGAGCCCCUUAUUCUUAAUCUGUGCAUAGCUUUUAUGAGCUUGACUCCCUGGUGCCUCUGAUCAGAGCAGCUGAACAGAAAGAACCUAUUGAAGUGGGAGACCAGCUCCUGGAGCAGGUGCUGGCGACAGCACCCGGAGUCACAGCCAGUGGCCCGAUGGUGUGGGAAGAGACAGAGAAACAAAAAGAGCAAUGCCAGAGAUUCAGAAGAGCCAAGAGCCUUGUGUCAUUUAGUGUUGGGGGAAGGGGCCCCAAAAGCCUUGAGGACCUGGGGAGUCUCCAGUGGCCCAAUGUUUUUGGGCUUGACCUUGGGUUGUCAAGAGGAAGCUAAAGUACAUCCAGUAACUAGUCUGACUACAAAUGCAGGGAAGUGCAUCAAUUAUUGGGAAGGGACCUGUCCAAGCUGUUUGGCACAGAAAACACGAGGCUUCCUUUCUCUAAAGAAAUCUGCUUCUGUGGAAGGGCUGGUUCUAGGAUGUCAGCGUGGGGAGGGCAGGGCUCCUUGUCUGUUUUGCUCAUUGCAGGAUCCCCAGGGCUUCAAAGGGAGCAGGGCAUGGUCUAAACACUCAGUAGAUAUAUGCCGAAUGAGUGGAAGAAUGGAAGCAGAGGGGAAGGAAGGGUUUCCACUUGUCUUUCAUAGCCUCUCGCAGGCGGCUCCUCUGUGCCCAGUACUGAGUGAGAGCUAAUGGACAAACAGCAGGGAGCCCCCAGACACACAGACACACACGUGUGGUCUGACUUGUGGCUGCCCAAUGCUGAGUACUUUGCAUUGCCACCAUUGUGUUCAAGCUGUAGAUUACUGUUAUUACCAUUUUAUAGGUGAAGAAACUGAGGCACAGAGAGGUUAAGUAACUUGCUCAAAGUCACACAGCUGGUAGACUGGGGAAACCAGGAUUCAAACAGAGGCUGUGUGAUGCCACAGCUGGCACAUUCAACCCCGGAGCUGUAUUGCCUUCAAGAAGGUAUUUUACCCAUGCACGUGGGUAAAAUACUCGUUUCUUUUCCUGUCUUGGCCUUUCCCUUGUGCAGCUGGAAGCUACUUUUGUGAUGUCACUGAUGGACAGGGUAGCAGUGAGUAAAGAGCCUUGAUCAGAGAUGUCCCACCCUUGCCUGGAUUCCCAUAGUGCUUCCAGAAUCUAGCUGAGGGGUCUAGGGAUGGUGAGAAGGGGGAGGAGGUGUUUUUCUCACCUUAAAGCUGCAUUUGCACAGUUUUUUGUGGAAGUCACUUGAUUUGGGGGGGCUCUCUGGGGACUUCAUGACCACCUGUUGUUUCCCUCACUGGUCCUGAAAUAUCCACAACUAGACUCCUUCCUGGGGGUCUCCUGGACAGGGAGUCUUUGCAAAGGCUUGCUGGCCAGCGCUUGAGCAUGAAAUGGCUUGUCUGCCUGGUGCCCCAUCACUGGCUGCCUUCAGUUGUGGUAAGGACUGGGGAGGGGGGCACUGAGAGACGCAGAGGAGUGACAGGGAGCCAUCCCCAGCUGGGGAAGAAGCAGGCCUGACAGGGACCUGUCGACACAAUGGCUAGAUAUGCAUGUCUGCGUGUAGUGUGUGUGGGAGCAGGGGGGAGAGGGGAGCAGUGAGGGUCAUGGAUCAGAGCCCACCGAGAGGCGGGGCCUUCCUCACCUGGCCAGGCCACCUGUCUGGCCAGCUGUCUGCUCCCCUCGAGUCUGAGCGCCUCCUCUGGCUGUGGGCAAGGUCAUGGGCUCCUUGAGCUCCUGGGGUCUGGAAGAGCAGUGUGUAGCCAAGUGGAAUUGGCUGGACAGCAUCACAGAAUGGGAAGCAGAUGGGAAGCUGCGGCAGCUGGGCCUCCGGCCCUCUCUCAGGCCAGCUCGACCCUCACAGUGCCUUGUGCUCGGGGUCGGGGCCGAGAAAGACAGAUAGGCUGACGGACAGGGAGAGAGAAACAAAGGAGAGGCCAAGAGAGAGUUGGCACAGAGAUGUAUAGGGGAAGCGUGGAGAGGGAAACUGAGAGAUUGGCAGCCAGAGAGAGUGGCCUGUAGCCCAAGAAGGCGUCAGUGUGGCAGGGGCUGUGGGCUCCCCCUCUUGCAGGCUCAGUGGGCUCCUUACAGGCUCUGAUCAGGGAGUGCCAGGCCUCCCACUGCCUGCCACCUUUCCCUUAGGCUCACGGGACAGAGACUGAGAUUUUCUUAGAACCAAGGAAGGUGGCAGCUGAGUGGAUGGCCUGGGGACCUGCCAGUCCAGCUUGCCAGUGGAGAAGCUGAGCUCUCCAGAAAGUGGUCAUGGGGUCUGUCUUGCCCUCCUGCCUCCCAGCAGUGUGGCCCUAGGGAAGCCAAGAAACUGUGCCAGCCUCCCUCUCCUCAUCUGCAAAAUGGGAACAGCAGUGGCCACCUCCUAGGGAGUAAGAGCACAUGCAAAGGAGUGUAGCAUGGCACCUGGCACGAGGCCACCCUUGGUCAAUAAAUUGUAGCUCUAAGCACUAAUUCACUCC